AUGGUUGAAUCAAGAGCAUUCAGUGCUCCAGGAAAGGCGUUGCUGGUUGGUGGUUACCUAGUGCUUGAUCCUAAGUACAAGUCCUAUGUGGUUGCGCUUUCUGCACGUAUGCAUGGUGUGGUGUCUAAACAUGAAUCGGAAGAUAAUCACACAAGAGUGACUGUAACAAGUUCACAAUUUAACAACGACAGUUGGUCAUAUAUUGUUGAAGAGAAUAAUGCAUUCUUCCCUAAUUCAGUGGACGGGAAGCGAAACCCAUUUAUUGAAAUGGCCAUUUUCAAUGUAUUCACUUACUUCAAGCCAGACUUGUCCAAUAAGCUGGACAUCCAGAUUGAGAUCUUCUCAGAUUCUGGAUACCACUCACAGGCAGGUAGUGUUCUUAAGAGAAAUUCAUUCAAGGAGUUUUCGUAUCAUUCUCAUUCCAUUACUGAAGUUCCUAAGACCGGCUUGGGCUCAUCUGCUGGAUUGGCAACAGUGGUUACGGCUGCUUUGGUAUCUGUAUUCAAUCCAAACUUGGAUGUUAACCGAGAUCAAGACUUGACGUUAAUCCACAACCUCGCUCAAGUGGCUCAUUGCCAGGCACAGGGAAAAGUCGGAAGUGGUUUUGACGUUGCUGCGGCAACGUUUGGCUCGAUUAUGUAUCAGAGGUUCGACCCUAGAUUGAUAACUGAUUUGCCGGAGCAUAGUGCGGGACAGAUCUAUGGGCAGCAACUGAGAUCACUUGUGAAUCAGGUUGAUUGGAAGGUGACUAUUGAGAGAGUUAGACUUCCUGACCAGCUUAGAUUGGUGAUGGGUGACGUUAAUAGCGGGUCAGAAACUACGAAAUUGGUUGCAAAGGUCAUUUCCUGGUAUAAUGCGAAUUUGCCUCGUAGUCUGGAUGUCUACGAAGAGCUGAACUGCCUUAAUGAGGAGUUCAUCAAAACUUUGGGCGUUCUGAACUCCUUGGCAGCUAAAGACCCAAACCGCUACGCCCAGAUGAUGGAAGCACUGAAUGGGGGCGGAUAUAAACGAAUUAUGGCGUUCUCUGAAUUAGCUAAGUUGAGAAAUUGUAUCAACUGUAUACGUGAGAAUUUUAGAUUGAUCACGAAAGAAAGCGGUGCUGAUAUCGAGCCCUCAGUACAAACAGAGCUUCUAGAUGCCUGUAUGUGGUUAGACGGUGUGUUGACAGCAGUGCUACCAGGCGCUGGCGGUUAUGAUGCCAUAUCCUUGAUUACCACCAAAGAUGCGGACAUUAGGUCACAGACGGAAGGAAACAGUGCUUUUGACGCCGUGACAUGGUUGGAUCUUUCACAGGCUGAUAUUGGACUGGUAGAGGAAAAUCCAAUUCAUUAUCAGGAUUUGAAAUAA